CGAAGGCAACGAGAGCACCGUUGCUGGGUGCGGCCUGUCUUCUUGGCGCGAAAACAGGAAGGCCUGUACCACACAGCCAUGCGUCGAAUGCGGGAAGGCGACCAGCAGUUUUUUUUUAAGUUUUACCGCAUGUCACCCGCGCUGUUCGACAAGUAUGGGCUUUUUGCUGCGGACUUCACACGGCAGGACUUCAUACGAGAGCCCCUGGAGCCAGGCGAAAGGCUUGCAAUAACCUUGAGCUACCUGGCUUCAGGGCUGGACAUCUGCAACGUGGCCCUCGCCUACCGUGUCGGCAUUGAAACUGCCCGGAGAAGCAUUCACGUGACCUGUAGAGCCAUUUGGGCUCGUCUGAAGGACCACUUUAUGAAGGUACCAACCAAGGCUGACUGGGCCAAGAUUGCUGGCGACUUCACCCGGCGUUGGCAGUUCCCAAACUGUUUGGGGGCUGUUGACGGGAAGAACGUCGCCAUCACCUGCCCGCCGAAAUCUGGAAGUGCCUUCUUCAAUUACAAGGGUACUUUCUCCAUUGUGCUGAUGGCCGUGGUCGACAGCUCUUCGAAGUUCGUGCUGGUCGAUAUUGGGGCAGAGGGCCGCCAGAGUGACGGCGGAGUGUUCAACAACACGAAGUUUGGGAAGGCCCUAACCGAAGGGCAGCUUGACAUCCCCUCACUGGGGCAGCUCCCAGGCACCACAAAGGUGGCGCCGUACGCUUUCGUCGGGGAUGAAGCGUUCCAGCUGCGGCGCGACUUUAUGCGCCCUUUCCCUGCUAGACUCCUUGAAGAUGAACGAAGAGUGUUCAAUUACAGACUAAGCCGAGCACGGUAUGAUAUCAGGCACUUUCUUUGGGUAUGCUGAG